UGGAGAAGGAGCUCCCCGUCCAACUGCUCAUCGACCCCAGGAAGAUCUGCGACAUCCCAUCUUGGGAAAGAUAGUACAACCACUGCAGUCUAAAUCGCGAAACUGUGGACGACAUCAAGGUUGCAAUGCUGCGUCAAUUCUGCGAGAAAAGGGGGAAGAUCUGGACGAAAAACCCUUUGGUUCUGGCACCCAUCUACAAGCCGGUGGAGCGUAGGCUGGAGCAAGCUGACAGGGUUCACAAAGAUGUCUUCAAGCCAGAGGACAUGGACAAGUACUACUAUUACCCUGUUAAUGGACAACACACCGUGGCUGCUGUGAAGGAGUUGGAGGGUGAGCCAAUAUUCGUAUUGUGGAAGAUGCACUCGUGGCCGGCGAGAGUGGUGUGGUUCUCCGACCGAGAUUUCACGAGCUAUAGGCAGGUCAGUCUCAACGAGAACACGAGACACAAGAGGUCUAAGCAGCGAUUGCAGAAGGCCGCGUUCUUGGACAUGCGGGAGGCAUGGGAGAAAGAAGGAAGGCCGAUGGCCAUUCAAGGGAACCCUUCCGGCAAGGAGGCCGAAAAACAAAAGUUUUUCAAUUUCCAAAAGCUGAUUUUGGGAAAGAGUCCGAACGAAGCUCACUGGUCGUUGGCAGAAAAAGAUUUGCCGCUCGCCGACAAGGAGUAUGUCACUGUCAUUGGCAGUGCAUUGAGGCAGUGGAUGCCGCUCGUGACGGCCGGUGAUAACGUUUUCCGCAAAGCCAUGAAGUUCUACGUGAAAUGGGCGGAGGGGAAGUUAUUGGGCGGCGACGGCAAGACGCCAUUGUCGAGGCCGGGCAAAUACAUGCCAGACAAAUCUCCAAGUUUGCAAGCAAUUCCAGAAAUGGGCUCGAAAGCGGCGGCUGGUGAAACGAAGAUGGGGUGGCUUGUCCAGGUACCUCCGCCUCUGACCAAAAAGAAAACGCAAGCGGACGACAAGUUUUUCGUGGUCGUGAAGGAGCGAGACAUGUUCUGUUGGCAGUGUCUCGCCGACGUGACGGAUGUCGAGAAACUGUCGAUCCUUAACGACAUUCUCCCGCUAAGGGGAGUGUUUGUGCAAUCCGCGGGCGGCCAGCUGAAGCGUCAGCAUAAACCUGGAAUUAAAGACAUGGUCGCGACGAGGAAAGUGGACCGUGUGAUGCUCUGUAUGUUCCACUACAUCUUGUUCCUUGAAAUGGAAGAGGACGAACGUGUUUGGUGCCACCAGAGCCCUUUUUUUCGGACCGAGGGGAGGUUUUUGGAGGAGUUCGGGCUGCAGGGCCUCACGAAACAGGUGUGGGUCGAACUGCGAAAGCAUUUCAAGGGCGCGGUGGAGUACGUGAACACUUGCAAACGUACUCUUCUGCAUGAGAAGGAGUCCACCGCCUUCUCUGUGGGAAGAGUGCGAGCCGACGAGUUGAACUCGUCACGUAUAUGACGCGACAUGUUGAUCCCCUUAUUUUUUACCACAUCAAAUAGGUUAUUAUCCAUUUUGUUCUCCAUCGGAAAUAUCCACUAUCAUCAUUUUUCGUGUGUUUUCUUAGCAUAUAAAGAAUGGGAUAAAAGGGUGAUGAUAUUUGUGCCCUUGCAAAAUGUGAUUUUUUACUAUUCGAGACAACCACCUUAAAAUAAGUGACAAACAAAAGAAAUAUCAUGUU